GAUCGCCCUUGGGUAUUUUAAUUUUUCCCUCUGUCCACAUUCCACGCCCACUCCGUGUCCCUCCAUCAAUCACUAUCUGAAACUUAUCAAUUCGACUCGCCAAAAUGAGAGAAGUUAUUUCUUUGAACGUUGGUCAGGCUGGUUGCCAGAUUGCCAACUCCUGCUGGGAGCUCUACUGCCUUGAGCACGGUAUCCAGGCCGACGGUUACUUGACCGAGGAGCGCAAGAAGGAUGACCCCGACCACGGUUUCAGCACCUUCUUCUCCGAGACUGGUCAGGGCAAGUACGUUCCUCGCACCAUCUACUGCGAUCUUGAGCCCAAUGUUGUCGAUGAGGUCCGCACCGGUACCUACCGCAGUCUUUUCCACCCCGAGAACAUGAUCACUGGCAAGGAGGAUGCCUCGAACAACUAUGCCCGUGGUCACUACACCGUCGGCAAGGAGAUGAUCGACCAGGUCCUCGACAAGGUCCGCCGUGUUGCCGACAACUGCGCCGGUCUCCAGGGUUUCCUGGUCUUCCACUCCUUCGGUGGUGGUACCGGUUCCGGUUUCGGUGCUCUCCUGAUGGAGCGUCUGUCCGUUGACUACGGCAAGAAGUCCAAGCUGGAAUUCUGCGUCUACCCUGCUCCUCAGAACGCCACCUCCGUUGUUGAGCCCUACAACUCUAUCCUUACCACCCACACCACCCUUGAGCACUCCGACUGCAGUUUCAUGGUUGACAACGAGGCCAUCUACGACAUCUGCCGCCGCAACCUCGGCAUUGAACGCCCCAGUUACGAGAACCUCAACCGCCUGAUUGCUCAGGUUGUCUCUUCCAUCACCGCUUCUCUCCGUUUCGACGGUUCCCUCAACGUCGAUCUCAACGAGUUCCAGACCAACCUGGUCCCCUACCCCCGUAUCCACUUCCCUCUGGUGGCCUACGCCCCCGUCAUCUCCGCGGACAAGGCCUCCCACGAGUCCAACUCCGUCAGCGAGAUCACCAUGAGCUGCUUUGAGCCCAACAACCAGAUGGUUAAGUGUGAUCCCCGCAACGGCAAGUACAUGGCCACUUGCCUGCUGUACCGUGGUGAUGUCGUCCCCAAGGAGACCCACGCUGCCGUCGCCACGCUCAAGACCAAGCGCACCAUCCAGUUCGUCGACUGGUGCCCUACUGGUUUCAAGAUCGGUAUCUGCUACCAGCCUCCCCAGCAGGUCCCCAACGGCGACCUUGCCAACCUCAAGCGCGCUGUCUGCAUGCUGUCCAACACCACCGCCAUCUCCGAGGCCUGGUCCGCUCUGGACCACAAAUUCGACCUUAUGUACUCCAAGCGUGCUUUCGUCCACUGGUACGUUGGUGAGGGUAUGGAGGAGGGUGAAUUCUCCGAGGCCCGUGAGGACCUGGCUGCCCUCGAGCGCGAUUAUGAGGAGGUUGCCAGCGACUCCCUGGAGGAGGAGGUUGAGGCCGAGUACUAGAUCUGACCGAAUUUUGGGCGGGAGUCCCGCGGGGGGUCCAGCCGGGCCGUCCGGGUGGAAGCCGUGGCUGGCCCUGCAGCAAUGUGAAUUGAUCCGUUGGGGCAAGGCGUUGGCCAAGGUUGUAUACCCAAAUGAGCAGCGGGACUCUGGCUGCAUGCAAAUAGGAAGGAGAAGCUUGGCUCCGUAGUACAGACUAUGUUUUCUUUUUGUCUGAGUAUAUUUUCUAAUAUCCCUUGAAGCAGCGCUGAAAUUUACUCGCUCGUUCGAAACACAUAUGCAGGAUUUUUGGGCGCCUAAGAGAAUUGUAAUCUACAUUUUGCAAGUUUCGAGCGAAUUGAUGAUCAUCCCUGUAGUGGUAAAAUGAGAAGAAAAUGACGAUGAGCGAGGAUAUGCGCUGUUACCAGUACUCUCCCGUGGUUCGUAUUGCAUGGCGAAAGGAGUGAAUGGUGGUAGAAUAGGAGGGAUGGCUUUUGAGAU